AUGACGAAGGACUUCGCAGUUCCACCUGUGGUUUUCCCCUCCGGCGGAUCCUCUGCCGGUGCUAAUGUCCAGCAGCGACGAUUCCCGACGGCUCCGUUUCAGCCGCCUCGUCCCUCCACUUCCGCCAUCCCAUUCAUGUCGUUCGACAUCGGAUCCGCAGCCGCGUCCUCCGCAACCCCCGCCGGACCUUUCGGUGGCACAAUGACAUCGUCCUCAUCUUUCGGCGGAGGCUCAGCUUCGUUCGAAGACGAGGAGCCUCUGCUUGAUGAGCUCGGGAUCCAUCCAGAUCAAAUCUGGAAGAAGACUAGAUCGAUUCUCAAUCCUUUCCGGAUCAACCAUACCGUUCACAAGGAUUCAGAUCUGUCCGGCCCGAUCUUCCUCUACCUCGCGCUUUGCCUGUUUCAGCUGCUCGCCGGGAAGAUCCAAUUCGGCGUCAUACUCGGAUGGAUCGUCGUCUCCUCUAUCUUCCUGUACGCGGUGUUCAACAUGCUUGCGGGUCGUAAUGGAAACCUUAAGCUCCACACGUGUACGAGCCUGCUCGGGUACUGUCUGCUUCCGGUGGUGAUGUUAUCGGCGGUGUCACUAUUCGUGCCGCAAGGGGCGGGGCCGGUCCGGUUCGUGCUUGCGGCGGCGUUCGUGAUGUGGUCAACAAGAGCUUGCUCCGCUUUGUUGGUAUCUCUCGCCGACGGUGGAGAAGAACAUCGUGGCUUGAUCUCGUACGCUUGUUUCUUGAUCUAUACUCUCUUCUCGCUUCUCGUCAUCUUUUGA